AUGUCUGAACAAGAGCGUAUACAGGACUGUCUGAGGAAAGAGAUACGGUCCCUUCUUAUUUCCACUAAAGAUGGUUUGACUCCACAACAGCUGGAGAAGGAGUACCUUUUGAUGGUUGGCAGCCAUCUACCCCUCCGAAUCCUUGGAUAUCGGUCCACUAUGGAACUGGUGUUGGAUAUGCCUGAUGUGGUUAGUGUCUGCCCCUGUGGGGAUGGUACCGUAAUAUUGAAAGCCAUUCCAGAUGAAUCCACCAAAGGAAUAGCAAGUUUGGUUGCAAAGCAAAGAAGGAGCCAUAAGGUCCGAAACUCCGUGCAAAAGGGAAGAGCCAGUGUUUGCUCCGGCCGGGUGCCUUACCGUGGAAGGGUGCCCCCUAUUCUUCCAGCAGUAGUGAAGAGUGAGUUAAAAGACCUUUUGGCAUUGUCUCCUGUUCUCCUUUCUGACUUUGAAAAGGCGUUUGCCAAGCGUUUUGGACGAUCGUUUCAAUAUAUGCAGUAUGGAUUCCUCUCUCUGUUUGAAGUGCUGAAUGCAGCUUCGGAUGUCAUUUCUGUAGAGCAGACCAGAGCAGGUUCUCUGUUGACUCUAAAAAAGAGUGUGUCAGAGGCAAAGCAGAGAGGAUGGCCAGCAGGUAAAAUUUUUACUCAGCCAUUUAGAAUGAAACAACAGGGGUCCUAUUCUGCAGGAUUCCCAGUAACGAAGGCACGCUUUUCACAACCAACUUCAAAUAUGGAGACCCCCAAACAAGUACUGGGCAUGGGGAAGACACCCACAUUUAAUGCAGUGGAGGCUUCAAGGCUGAACCACACUGAAAAACUAAACCAGUUGGAAAGCACAUUCAAAUCAGUAAUUGCACAAAUUGGACCUGGAGGGACUGUAGAUCCAGAUCUAAAACACAAGAUAAAAUUUGUCGUAUCUAAGUUUCCACAAGGUUUGUUUAUUUCUAAACUGCUUGGAGAAUUUGAGCUAAUUUUUAAAGAGCAACUUUCACCAAAACAAUUAGGGUUCUUAAAUGUGACAGAACUUGUUGGCGCUCUUAGUGACAUUCUCCGAGUUGAGUUCAGUGAAGAAAAGCAAGACUUGCUCGUGUUUGAUGCUGACCUGAAGCCUCUGCCGCCUGGUGGACCGCUUUCAUCAGUCAGAAAUUCGUGUUUAGUUCAACCAGACAAGAAAACAGAAGCUAACGCUUGGGCCUCCAGUCUCUCCAGAAAUUCACUGUCCCCUGUAGCGGUUAAGAAGACCACAUGGGAUUGCCCUUUGAAGAACCACAAGGAGCCAGAACAGAAGAUGUACAAGAAGCCUAAUCUGGUGGUGAAGCCUUUACAGCUGCAAGUAGAAGCAAGCAAACCCCAGCUCAGCUUGUCAGUGGCAAACCAUGACAUCCCACCAGAUGCCGUGCGUGCCAAGAAACUGUGCAGACUGCCUCCACUGGAUACCAGCACCCUUGUGGGGGUCUUCGUGGAAUAUAUAAUCUCUCCUAGUCAGUUCUACAUCCGGAUCUACAGCAGAGACUCAUCAGAAUUACUUGAAGACAUGAUGAUUGAGAUGCGACGCUGCUACUCCAACCAGCUGGUCUCUGAUCGGUACAUUAUGCCAGACUAUUUUAUCCAACCAGGACAUCUCUGCUGUGUAAGGAUCUCUGAGGACAAGUGGUGGUACCGGGUUAUUAUCCAUCGGAUCCUUGGGAAAAAGGAAGUUGAAGUGUUCUACCCAGAUUUCGGAAAUAUAGGAACUGUCCAGAAGUCCUCGCUGAGGUUCCUCAAAUCCUGCUACACGAAGCUUCCAGCUCAGGCUAUCCCUUGCUCUUUGGCGUGGGUGAGGCCAGCAGAGGAACACUGGACAUCCAGAGCUAUCUUGCACUUCCAGAAGCUGUGUGGUUUGAAGCCGUUGGUGGGAGUGGUGGAUGAGUAUAUAGAUGGAAUCCUUAAUAUCUUUCUUUGUGACACGUCCUCACAUGAAGAUGUGUAUUUUCAUCACGUCUUGAGGACAGAAGGCCAUGCUAUCGUAUGCCGAGAAAACGCCCCGUCCAAGGGCUUCAGGGACCUAAACCCACCAGCACUGUACACAAACUCCAGCUCGGCGCCCGGUGACAUGGUCCUGACAGAGCUGGGGCACCCUGCUCAGCAGCACUAUUUGAAUGAAGAUGGGGAGAUACUGCAGCAGCCCCAGCAAGAUAUUAAUGAUGAAAAGUCUAUAAGUCACCUUAAAUCUGCACCCAAGGAAUUAUUAAAGGAUUGUAAAUUGAGUUCAUUGAAAACACAUAAGAGCUGUGAAGAGGAUUCACAGUGGUCCAUCCUGCAGCCUAAGGAUCCGAAGGAAGAAAAUGAGGAUGAGGUCCCUACUGGAAUGCCAUGCCUGGAGUCAGUGACCAUAGGUGACGAUGUUUGGGAUGAGAACUGGCUCCCUCUACAGGCCAAAAUAGGGGCGGCAGGAAGUCCUGCUGCCCAUCUGUUUACUUCAAGCCUUGUUGGGAAGAAACAGUGUCAGAUUCGUGGAGAAAUGACACAAAAGGACUGGUGUUUUUCUACAUCUAAUGAUAUCUGGGAUGAUUCCUGGCAGCCUUUGGGCCUUGCAAAUGAUGGGAAAGGAGGAAUUCACAUACCAGAAGGGCCCAUUGCUCAAGACAAAAAUAGCAGCACAAUCCGAAUUCGAAAGAAGCCAGAUUUACAGUACCCUUUGGAUUCUUCCACACUGCCCAAACUGGAAGAGUUCUACAUCUCUCUGAUCAAGUCUCAGCAGUCAGCAGAAGGGAGCCAGUCUGGAUCUGACAACAUUCAGACUCCGCCUAAGCCUGGGCAGACAUCCUCAGUGUCACCCAGUUCAACCCCUGCAGUGGGCGACUCUCCAGACAACCACUCCGGCUCUGUGGAAAGCUCUCCAGGGAGCCUAAAGAAUGAAGAUUUUUCCGAUGGCCAUGCUGACUCAGUGGUCAAGGACAAGAGUCAAGGAGCCAUGGACCAGCUCUCUUUCAUUUUGUCCCCCCAGCACCAGAUUUCUCAGAAGCUCUACAUUCCUCGAAGUACAGCCACGGCUGUCUUGGGAGCUGCUGCGCGGUUAGCCACGUCCAGGAGCCUCCUGCACUGGUACCCCAGUGUGACAGGAGGGAAGCUUGAGGGGCAGGAGGCAGAGAGAGAUGGAGUGAAGUAA